UCCGACGUCAAUCUCUCCCACCUUAAGUACAUCGCCCUUCCCGCAAAGUUUGCCUUACAAACAGCUUUGCUCUUCACCAGUCGCCCAAGAUGUUCGGCUUUCGCAAAACCCUCGAUAUUGUCACGCUAUUUCACAAGGCUAGCUCUCCUGCCUCGGUGCGAGUGGCCGGCGUCCUUCAGAAGGCCUCUGCCAGGGCGACAGCUGGCGCCAAAACGACCUCCGCCCGCGAGCAGUUCGACCUGAACAUCACCGAGGACCCCCCGACAGAAGACCAAGUGAAGACGAUCCUUGGCUACGUCGGCCCCAGCGGCAUUGCCAGCGUCAUCAAGGGCGCCAAGGACGAGAAGGAUGCCCUGAGGAAGUUCAAGGAGAGCAAUGGGAACUUCAUACAACCGGUGGUUGUGGAUUGGAGCAAUGGCAAGGCAAUCGCUGGCGAUAACGAGUCGGAGAUCCUGAAGCUUCUGAAUGCCGAGAAGUAAGGGCCCUGUUUGUUUCAAUGUACGAAAAAGCUAUUAGAUCCCCUGUUUAUGUAUAACGAAAAUCUCGCCUUCACCGAAAUUGGCGCUUGCACGAAUACCUGUGGGCUAUUGCCGUUUGUUGUGUCGGAACUUUGCACGGCCAUCGCACGGCCGUUGCAAGGCGGAAGGCUGCAGUGUUGUGAAUCAGCUAGCCCGAUACUGUGAUGGCAGCCUAAGAUUCAGUGACCGACUGCAUGUCGGUAGGAUAGGCGCAGCAGUAGUAAGAUUUUGUCACUCCCG